AAAAGAAAAGGAAUUUUGCAUUUCGUAGUUGGCAAUGUCCCUGCCGCCGCCAUCUUGUAAUGCAGACUGUUGGCUAACCUGUUAGGUGUUCUAGACUUGUGUCGUCGUGCUAUUAUGCUGCAUGAGACGAAAAUAUCAUGGGAAUAUUUAAAAUCAAUGGUGUAGUUGGAAAACAAGUACCGUCGGCAUUUAAACUGAUUGUAGAACAGCUUCAAGAUAUCAAUUUGAAAGCUGUCAAGAACGUAGUUGUAGCGUACGAUCCUUUCGACGAGCGGUCCGUCGCAUCAAGGAAAUUCUUGGAGUUUCUGAACUUCAAGACUGUGACCCGGAAGUUCCCAGAUUUCGCAGCACAGACCCAGAUCAAAUGUGACCGUAGUGAACCAACAAUCUCUUUUGACCUAAUUACAGGUAAAAAGGUACUGUUUAAGGCUGGCAACUUGACAACACUGGAAAUGUUCAGGCUCUACAAUCAGCACAUCACACCUCACGCACCGGAAGAAGAAACACAGCGGGAAACUCUGACAACAAAAGCUAUGAGGAAAGGAGGCAAAAAGUGAAAUUGAGUGAUUUUUCUUGAUCGAGAAGUGUUGACUUGAAAGAGCAAUGGCGAAGGGCAAGAAAGGAUACAAUAUCCAACUAAUCGACCAUCUCUACAACCAAGUUCCAGCAUUUACUGACAUUUUUGAUGAGGAGACUUGGUAUAUCUUUGUGGCAUGUUUUGUGGCAAGUACAAUUGUUUUGGCAAUUGUGCUCUCCAGAUUUAUUACAAUCAGACCAGUUGGAGGAUAAGAAUUUAUUCUAAUGUAUGACAUCUUCACAACUGUGACAGGUGUAAUUAAUUUUUCUUCUUGUUAGCUUUGUAGUGCAUUCAUCAAGUUUUCUCAUUUGUUCUUUUCGAAUUUUUAACAGCCCUCAGAGAUAGACAUUCCUCAUUAAAGGGACUUAAAACUUCUACCAAAGCUUCACCCUUUUAGGCAGUGUGUAAAAUGUGAUUUUAUAAUAUGUAGUGUGCUGAAUAAAAUGUAAAAAGGCA